UAGCACAUUGUAUUUUUAACCUAGGCGCAUCAAUACAGUCCUAGGGUAGACCAGGUUUUGUGACCAAGGCGAAGUUACUGUCCACGCUUGUGUGGAAGCCAGGACAUGGUGGUUCAUAGCUAAGGCUGAAGCUGUUUUGGAUCAACAAAACGCCGGGACAUGACUUCCAUUAAAUCUGGAUUUUACGCCAUGUUGAGUUAUAACGGAUGUGAAAUUUUGCAGAAGGAUUCUUUGUGAUGACAUGUGGACUAGACAUUUGGAACUAUGAUAUGUUGUGGGACGAACAGCCCCAUGCUGGCGUUUCACGACAAAAUGACCAGUUCUGCCAUCUUGGAGCUCAGUCUAGAGCAAGCAGAUCUUGUCUACUAUUCCGGUGACCGCAUCAGAGGGGCUUUGAUAGUACACGUAGCAGCCCCGGUGACCAUUGCAGGCGUGGAGCUUCGUUUCCGAGGGUCGGCUCGAGCGAAAUGGAGAGAGAUUGGCUGGAAGACGGAGACAGAACAUGAAAAGGAAGAAAUUUACUUCGACGACAGGUUCUGCCUCUGGGGGAAGGUUACAGCUGAUGGGCGCUGGGAGAGCAGAGAGGUACUCAACAGAGGGAGGCACUUGUUUCCGUUCCAGUACAAGCUACCCGACGGUAUUCCCUGUUCCUUCGAGGCCCCAGAAGCCAGCAUACGAUACAUAGUUCACGGCGCCCUGGUCAGAGUGGCAGGCACUAACAUCACAACUAAAAAAAUUGUGACAGUACUUCGGGACUUGGACAGUAAGAGAGACAAUGAAAGAAAGUCGCCAUCAUCCCGUCAUGUCCUUGAGGACCAUGCAGAGAGGACAUUUAGCACCAGCUGCUGCCGUCCGUCUCGCGUGUCUUGCUCACUCUGUGUGCUCAAACGAUCCUAUGUGCCUGGAGAGACCAUCCAUGCAGAUGUGCAGAUCCACAACAUGACCAUGCGAAAGUCGGGACCCUGUAAGCUACAGCUGAAGCAGCUUGUUACUUAUGGGGAACAUCAUUGUGUUCCCAUCAUUUUACAAGAGUUAGAAUUUCAUGAAAGUGCCAGACAAGGUCAAAGGCGGCAAUGGAAAAAUCUUAGCCUUACAGUACCAGCAACCUGUCCAUCUAAACUGAGUAAAUGUCGAGUCAUUGAUCUGCGUUACUGUGUAGCUCUUGACUGUGACUUUGGAGAAUCAAAUUUAUAUGCUGCUGUGCCUAUAACAAUAGCAACAUUGCCAGAGAGAGGAAUUAUUCCAGUCAGGUGGUCUUACCAAGAAUGCUCACUAGAUUUCGGUGAAGAUGAAGUCAAGUAUUCUUCCAGUGAUGAUGGGUUCAAACCUAAGUACAAAUACUAUGAGGAGCUUCGUGACAUUCGCAAAGAUAAAUACUUUGUACUUAAAUUACGUCAAAGUCCAGGUGCCAAAAGGCGAUUGAUGAUCAAUGAAGGUGAAAGUAGAACAGAUUCAGACGCCAUGAAUGAAUCAAAAGCUUAGCUCCAUUAAAAAUGUAUUUCAUCAUAGAGUAGAUUCUGUGCAAGAAAAAAAGUUGUUGUGUCAAAAUAUUAGCAUUGUCAUUUUAAAUAUUCAUAAUGUUUCAAUUUGUAUUUCCCAUCUAAUAGCACUGAUAUAAUAAUUCAAAUAUGCUCAAAUAAAAGUAUGCUUCAUUUUCUAAAUGUACCCACAAUCAUCUGAUCUACUUUUCAAAUAAUAUGGAAAUGAAAAUAAUUUUUAAAAUGUUAUGAGUUUCAAUUUAAUCUUUGGCAUAGAUGUUUGGUAGUGUUCCUUGAAUCUUUUUACUUAGUCAUCUUGCCAGAGCUUUCUUUGAUGGCUACUUUGGAGAAUAGUUGGCAGGUAUUCUUUUAACUAUUCCCUCCAACACACAUCAAGUUUGUGAAGAUACUUCAUAACUCAUCUCUAAGCAGAGGCAGCCUUAACAGUUUGCAGGAUCCUGGGUGAGUGUCAUGUCAUGGCCACAAAUAUUUUUAUGAUAUACUGACGAUGACAGAAGAUUCUCUUUAUGGCAGGGGCCCCUUAAGGUAUGAAGCUUGGGUGGCUACCCAGCUGGCAACCCCCUAAAGGCCACCUUAGCUCUAAGUAAGCCAUUUAGUAAAGAACUUAUUUUUUGAGGCAGUUUAAUUUGUAUACAUUAUUACUUAUUUUGAGAUAGCAUCAUAAGAGACACCUUCUAUUUCAAGUUUUAGCUUUUCAUUUAUGAAUUUUAAAUUAAAAUUUGAAAUCAUUCUUAAAAUUAUAUUUCUUGAAUUCCUUUAAUGUAAAAUUACACAACAAAAAAUAAUUAAAAAUCCCAAUAUAUGAUACAGUACUCAAAAUAAUAUGGGUUCCAAUGAAGGAGUUUUCACUCCAUUGCAGUAUGAUUUUUAUAUGUUCUGUAUUUAACAUGUCUGAUAAAAUGUAAAAAAUGUAGACUAAAAAUGAAUCUUGUGUAUACUGUCACAUGUUUGUCUCUAUAAAAGCUCCUUAUAAUUUCUUCUCAUGUAUAUUCAUUGUGUGCAGCUCUAACAGAUGCACUAAAUGUCAUGUGCAUUCAUCUUCAUGAGAUUGGCAGCAUUACUCUCUUGUCUAAUUCAGUCUAUCCAGUUCAUAGCCCUGGUUCAAAUAUCAUUUCAUUUGACACCCUGUUAGUUGUACUUGAUCUACCUAUAGUUUAAGUUUGUGUAAAUGACAAAAAUAUGUGUCUAUUUUAAUUGAGUGUACACAGAGAUUCUUGGAAUAAUUUUGUUUUAGAAUGUCUUUCAAUUGUAAGAAUUUCAGCAAAUAUUCCUUGUGGGUGUUCAGUUUAGUGACAUCAAUGCUAUUUCUUAAUCACGUCUACAAAAUAAAGCUUGUGAGUCUAUUCUUGAAACUUCUUAGCAUUUAGAUCUACAUGGUUAUUUAACACAAAUAUUUAAAAUGAUGUGCAAGUUUUGCUUAGCUUUAAGUAAGUAAUUAACUUGAAAUAAACUUAAAAUUAUAUUUAAGUUCAACAUAGAUUACUUUUUAUUAAAAGUGUAAUUGUAAUAAAAAUAAUUGAGUAUUAAACAAAAGGUAGGAAACUAAUACAAUUAUGACAUAAUAAAUGAAUAAAUUGUAUAGAAAAGGUAUACUGGACACCAGCACAGACAGAGGAGGUCAAAAAAGAGGACAUAGCCUUAAAAAGGAGGAAAACAAAAUGACAAAGUAAACUUUAAAAGCUAUGCUCAGGUCAGUAAAUCAUGGGCUGUUCAAAUAGUUUUUAGAUCAUAAUUUCUCAAACUAAGUGAAUAUUUUUUUCCAUUAAUUCAUCAUUCAUGCAUAGUUGUUGAAUUCCAUUCACAAGAUUUUCAUCAGAUUGCAUUUUGUGAAAAAAAAAUGCCUCUCUCUGAAUCAACGGAGAUCCUAUUUCUCUCUUUUGUCAGCUGUAACUGCUUUAAUCAGCAAAAGAUGACUUGUAAGUUUCAGACAUUCCUUCAGAAAUUAUGAAAUGGAAUGACCUCAUCCCAAUUUACAGUCAGAACCUUCUCAUUGACAAUUAUAAGCACAUACUAAACAUGAAUGCCUUGCUGACUAUAGCAGUAUCCCCAGGAAUUAAAUAAAUAUAACAUAUCUUCAAGGACUUUGGGUAAAACAUUUCUUUUGAAUAAUCUUGAAGUAAUGAGUAUCUAUUAUGAAGAAGAUUAUUAAAAACUUGUCAUCUUUCUGUUUUCAAUAAUUGAGUAUUUAAUCACAAGAUAGGCUUUUAGAAGUUGUAGUAAACAGUAGAGUAGCCAGACGUUUUCAAAUUGUAGGCCAAUGCCUGCUGGACAUGGUCAUGGUCCCAAAAAAGAGGAGAACCUGCUUUUGCUGGAUGUCUGGUAACAAUUUUAAUGAAAUAGAUUUCUGCCAGUAUUUCAGAUCAAUCCCCCCCUCCCUACCCC